AUCAACACAAGCCAAUAUACAUUCAAUCAAACAUCCACUGCAAACCCCAAUCAAUCUUUUGCUUUAACUUUCAUACAAAACAUGUCUUGCUGUGGAGGAAACUGUGGCUGCGGCUCUGGCUGCAAGUGCGGCAGCGGCUGUAACGGAUGUGGGAUGUACGCUGAUGUUGAGAAGCCCACCACUGUGAGCAGCCUUAUCCAGGGCGUUGCACCAGUGAAGAACAGCUUUGAGGGAGGAGCUGAGAAGGCAACAGAGGGAGGACAUGCAUGCAAGUGCGGAGAAAACUGCAAAUGCGACCCUUGCAACUGUUGACCAAACAAACAAACUAAUAACUAUGUUACGUUGUCGUGUGUUUAAUAAUAUACGUAUAAUAAGGUGCAGCAGGCAGGCCUGCCUAGACAGGUGCAAUAAUUCUUGGAAUUGUGUGGUACGGUGUCUGGUGGCUCUUAAUUAUCUGCUGCUUGAUGUGUUACGUUUGGGUUAAUUGGGUAUUGAAAUUGUGCGACGGAGAUUGAAAUGUAUUGAAACAAAAAUUAUAUUAUCAAUCAAUAUACCUCAUAUUUCUACCUAA